AUGAUAAAAAUUUUAUUUAUAAUAAUUUUUAUAAUUCCUUUAUGUUUUAUAAAAAAUAUAUUUUGAUUGGUUCAAAUAAUAUUAUUUUUAAUAAUAUUUUUAUUUAUAAAUUUAAAUUUGAAUGUUAUAUGUUUUUUUAAUAUAAGAUAUAUAUUUUAUUGUGAUAUUAUUUCUUUUGGUUUAAUUUUAUUAAGAAUUUGAAUUUGUAGUUUAAUAAUUAUAGCAAGUGAGAGAUUAUUUAAGUUAAAUUUUUAUUUUAAUUUUUUUUUAUUUAAUGUAAUUUUUUUAUUAAUUAUAUUAUAUUUAACAUUUAGAGUUUUAAAUUUAUUAUUAUUUUAUUUUUUUUUUGAGGCAAGUUUAAUUCCUACUUUACUGUUAAUUAUUGGUUGAGGAUAUCAACCGGAACGUAUUCAAGCUGGUAUGUAUUUAUUAUUUUAUACUUUAUUUGGUUCUUUACCUUUAUUAAUGGGGAUUAUUUAUGUUUUUAAUGAUUUAAAUACAAUAACAAUUUAUUUUUUAAAAUUUUUUAAUAUAAAUAUAUAUUUAUUGUAUAUUUCUAUAAUUUUUGCUUUUUUAGUCAAAAUACCUAUAUAUUUUGUUCAUUUAUGAUUACCUAAAGCUCAUGUUGAAGCUCCAGUUUCAGGGUCAAUAAUUUUAGCUGGUAUUAUGUUAAAAUUAGGUGGUUAUGGUUUAUUACGGGUUAUAAUUUUUUUACAAGAAGUAAAUUUAAAAUUAAAUUAUAUUUGAAUUAUUAUUAGAUUAGUUGGAGGUUUAUUUAUUAGAAUAAAAUGUUUUUGUCAAGUUGAUAUAAAAUCUUUAAUUGCUUACUCUUCUGUAGCUCAUAUAAGAAUAGUUAUUGGUGGUAUUAUAAUUAUAAAUUAUUGAGGAUUUAUUGGUUCCUAUGUUUUAAUAAUUAGUCAUGGUUUAUGUUCUUCUGGUAUAUUUUGUUUAGCUAAUAUUAAUUAUGAGCGUUUACAUAGUCGUAGUUUAUAUAUUAAUAAGGGGAUAAUAAAUUUCAUACCUUCUAUGAGAUUAUGAUGAUUUUUAUUAUUAUCUUCAAACAUAGCAGCUCCCCCUUCUUUAAAUUUAUUAGGUGAAAUUAGUUUAAUUAAUAGAUUGGUAAGAUGAUCAAAUAUUUCAAUAAUUUUAUUAAUAAUGAUUUCUUUUUUUAGUGCUGGUUAUAGUUUAUAUUUAUAUUCUUAUAUUCAACAUGGUAAAUAUUUUCAAGGUUUAUAUAGAUUUUAUGUUGGUUUAUCUCGCGAGUAUUUAUUAUUAUUUUUACAUUGAUUUCCUUUAAAUAUAUUAAUUUUAAAGGUUGAUUUUAUUUCUAUUUGAUUUUAA